AUGGAUGAUAUUGCUAUGGAUGAUGACCCUACUAGUGAUGAUGCUGACAUUGUUGAUGAAGAUAUCCUUACUCAGCCAUUUCCGGGAGGGCCAACAGAUCCAUCAAUCCUUAAAAGUUUUAAAAGUCAUGUUGCCACAGCUAUUUGGAAUGGCGCUGAUGAAAGAGGACUCUUGAAGUGUCAUAAUUACUUGUUUAAGAUUAGUUCGUGGCCGUGGUGGGAACGAGGAAACAACGCUACAUUUGUAAACAUUGCAGAGAUGUCAGGACUUGCACAAUUAGCUUGUUACACGUACCGCUUUGUCAACAAAAUUGUAGUGUCCAAUUUUGUUGAGAGUUGGCAACCAGAGACAAACACCUGCCAUUUGACUGUUGGAGAGAUGACUAUCACAUUGGACGAUGUCGCCACUAUCCUAGGGCUUCCCAUUGUAGGCAAAUUUAUGCGUAAGUUGUCAGAAAGGCGGGCCAUUGCAUUAGUAGUUAAUACCUUGGAAAUUGAUGAGCAAGAGGUCACACAUGAGAUGUAUAGUGCUGGAGACAAUUCAGUGAGGCUUGAAUGGUUGAGAGCAUACUUUCAUAAUGUCACAGACAAUGAUUCAAUGGAAAGAAUUGCAUGUGUAGAUAGAGCAUACUUGCUAUUUUUAUUGGGUUGUUCACUUUUCAGUGACAAGACUGGUACUAGGGUCCCCGUUGUUUAUUUGAGUUUGUUGUCUAAUUUGACGACUGUAUCUUCAUAUGCUUGGGGUGCUGCUGCAUUGGCAUAUUUAUAUAGACAGAUGGGGUACGCUAGCAGGUCCGACGUGAAAUAG